CCUGAAUAGCACAGUGGCUAAGCCUGCGACAGCCGACCAGCCCGGAAGCCUCACUUUCUCUCUAUUUAUAUGUGUGGGCAGAGCUCACUCUCUUUCGUUUAUCCCUUGCAACACAUUCCCACCACCCCUCCUCAUGUCCUCAUCUCCUCUUUGUGGGUCAGUGAUGCACCAGGAGUGACGCAGCAGUGUCAGCGCCUCAUCGGCCUCCAGACGGGCAGCGUCUCAGGAGUGGACGGACUGGAGGGAGCAUUUGUGUGCCCAGGCUGGGCACAGACACACACACAGGCCACCAGUAAACAGAGGAGAAGGCGGAAGGGAUGAAUCUCCAAGCAAUUAUUCAAGAGUGAAAGAAGAAUUCAUCCCAGAGAAUGGCAACAAUGAAUCAGCAGAUGACCGUGACGUCUCCCUGCACCCAGGGCUUGAUGGACAGCUCCCAUCCCCAGGCGCUCCUCAGCAGGCUCAAUGAGCAGCGCUCCCAGGGCCUCUUCUGUGAUGUCACCAUCGUGGUGGAGGAUGUAAAGUUCCGGGCCCACCGGAACAUCCUGGCUGCCUGCAGUGGAUACUUCCGCAGCGCCUUCACCUCCACUGAGGUGUGGACUUCCAGCCAGGUGCUGGAGCUCAUGGACCUGAGGUCUGAGGUGUUCGCCAGCAUCCUCAACCUCCUCUACUGUUCUAAGGUUACAUCAUCACCUAGCACAGAGGACACUAGAUGCCUGAUGGCAGCUGGAAAAAGACUGGGGAUUCCCUUCUUAGAGAAACUAGUGGAACAAGACAAGCAGGACUCAGGUGGGCCACAGAUCCAGACCUCAACCAACCCUGUUAAGACCACAGGCCGUAGUAAGGCCCAAGGGCCUCGUAAAGCAAAGAAAGAGUCCUCCAGGCCAGAGGAACCAGACAGUGCAAGAGGCCCGAGGAUCACCAAUGCUUUCUCUAUCACUGAGGUGGGUCCCGGGAACAACCUCUUCACCCCACUAGACCUGCACAGGGGGGAGAGGCCAUCACCUGAUCUUGGACAGAACCCAGCGGGCUGCCCUGUCCCCUGCCCCCUCGCAGUGGACAAUGAGCCCAUGCAGGCACUGUCAGAGCACUCCUACGCAGUCAUUAGCCAGGGACCCAGGGACCCUGAGCACAGGGAUGGCAACCAGGAAGACAACAAGAAGGGCACCAAGCCCACACAGUCCCAACCAAGACAACUGGCCAGCAGAAACAGUGGCCCACUCAAAAAGCGUCACAGACUGCGAGCCGCCUUGAGUAAAAGCACACCUCAAACACUGGCUGUAGCACAUGAACCUGUGCAUCCAACUGGAAGCAGCCCGACAUUAAUUAAGCCCAUUGUACAACCUGUGGGAACGUCACCCCCGUCAUUAUACCCGCAGACAAGCACAAGCAGGACCAAUGAGCUGCCUCUAGCCAUUGAUAAUGGCUACAGGGACCUGGACCCACCUCCACUUUCACCCUACACAGAUGAUAGCAUAUCAAUCUACAGCUGUGAGCACUGUCCAGAGAUAUUCACCAAUAAAGCACUUCUCACCGUACACACAGAAAUGCACAAAAAAAGGUUUGUCAGUCAUUUGUUUUGCAAGUUUUGUCGCAGGAAGUUCAUGCAUUUGAAGCGGUUGCGGAACCACGAGACGGUGUGCACGAAAUCACAGAGGGGCUCGCCUGAACACGAGCCCCAAGGCAAAGAGGCCGGGACAGACCAUUAUUCAGACAGCAUGCCAAGCACGAACAAUACAGUAACUAAUGUCCAGUUAUCUCCUACUGAACUUCCUGACCCUUUCCCUCCAAACAGCCUCCAAAUGAACCCCAAGUCAAAAACACUGCAGGCUGUAGAUAAGUUAGUGAAACCUAGUGGAGGCCAGAGGGUCUAUAACUGCAGUGUGUGUAAACGGGCAUAUGUGACCAUCUCCAGUCUGAAGCGCCACGAGAAUGUUCACUCCUGGCAGAGGGCAUACCCCUGUCACUACUGCAAUAAAGUGUUUGCCCUAGCCGAGUAUCGCACCAAACACGAGAUCUGGCACACAGGAGAGCGCCGCUACCAGUGCAUCUUCUGCUUAGAGACCUUCAUGACCUACUACAUCCUAAAGAACCACCAGAAGGCCUUCCACGGAAUCGAUCCCAGAUUGUCUGUGAGUAAGAAGUCAGCAAAUGGAGGAUUUAAGAGCAGCGUUUACCCCAUCAAACUCUACAGGCUUCUGCCUAUGAAAUUUAGAAAGAGACGGUACAAGACUUACAGUCAGACCUAUUCAGAGGAGCUGGAGGGCAGUGAGCAGGCCCCGCUGGGCUGCAGCUCUCCCAUCCCUUCAUUUGAUGAUGGUGGUGCUAUGAGUAACCAAGACGCUGCUAUAUUCUCAAUGCCUGUGACAUUCAUGGCCACUCCAAAAGUGGUGGCAUCAGUAAUGCCACGCAUCAGUUUUGAUCAGUCCUGUGACCAAGAUGUAGACCAAGAUGCAGGCACAGGAAAACAGGCCUCUCACUCUGAGCAUAAUGGGCCUCCAUAUAGCUAUUCAACCCCCUUGGCCAUAAUGCAGGCAGGUGGGGAGUCCCCUGCAAUGGACUAUGGAGAUGGUGCCGCAUUCCAAAGGUUUAAGAACCAGGAGGGCAACAGUCACAAUCUACCAAUCCUAAAAAUUAACCCACCCAGCUCUCUGAACAGGCUAUGUGAGCUCUCAGCUGCAGCCCAGAGAAUUGAAGCCAUGACCAGUCAGCUUUUUCUGCCAGGGGCUGAGAGCCUGGUCACUAGCAAGACUGCAGGGGGGGAAACUGAAACGUACAUUGCCAAGCCUGCAUGUCCAGGUCCCUCUGUGGAUGGUCACGUUCUACCCCUCUGCCAGAUCACAGUGAAAAUUGGCAACGAGGCAAUCAUUCGCCGAAGGAUCAAGGGCUCCAAGCUGUUCCCCAGGAAGAGGAAAAGAAGCAGCGGGAACCAGGUAGAGGAGAGGUGUUGGGACCAGGGCAGGCCUACAGAGGGCAGCAUGGAGAUCUCCAGUCUCCGCUUCAGGACAGAGGUCACUUCUGUCAUAGAGCCAGAGCCAUGUGAUGACCUCACUGACCGUGACACAGCUGACAAGCUCUGGCGUCCCUAUUACUCUUACAAACCCAAGAAGAAGAGUAAGAAACUGAGAUCCAAACACAGAAAAGAGAGACGUCGUCUAUGCUAUUCCAUGCCACCCUCAUUAGUGCCCAGGGCCAGCAAAGACUACCUGGAUAAAGGAUGCAGAAGUGCUGAAGAGAGCAUCUCCAGCGAGGGUACAGAGCUGAAACAACGUCUCAGAAACACCAGCCCAAAGACGGCAUACACCUGUGACAUCUGUGCAAGUACCUUCAUAACGGCAUCUGGUCUGAGAGCGCAUGUCAUUGGCUGUCACCCAACUUUCUGUCGGACCUGUGCAAAGCAGUGUCCCCCCGGCGAAGCCCCCAGUGCCAGCUUUGAGACCGCUGAGGACAGCAGGGAUUACGUAUGCAAGAGCUGUAUGGAAAAUGGCUCCUGCUUUGACAAUUGUGCACGCAGCCCCAGCACAGAGAAGCGGUAUCGUUGCUCCUUCUGCCCCCAGCGCUUCCUCUACCUCGCAACCAAGAAGAGCCAUGAAAAAAAACACCAAGAGACAGCAGGAAAGGGGUACAGCAGCGACAACUACUCCACAGUCCCAAAACGCCAAGCAAUUUUGGACUUAGGCUUAAAUCUGAAAAAACAUGUCAUCAAAACAGAGGAAGGGGAGGAUCAAUAUAGCAUCGACAAGGAGAGCAAAGUGCCAGCGGCAUCACUAGACAGGUUCUCAACAGAGAAGAUAGAGCCUAAGCACGAGGAAUGGGAGGACACAGGUGACUACAUGUCAGUGGCGCCCGAGAAAGAGAUUCCAUUUAGAAUUAGUGAUGGACACUAUCAGAAAACUCCAAUGUCACCCCCCUGCACCGACACCUUUUCUCCUUCCCCUUCAGAGAUGCGGUACAGAAAGCCUUUCCCUUCAGAGAUGCGGUACAGAAAGCCUUCCCCUUCAGAGAUGCGGUACAGAAAGCCUUCCCCUUCAGAGAUGCAGUACAGAAAGCCUUCCACUUCAGAGAUGCAGUAUAGAAAGCCUAAAAAGCGCAUUGAACACAAACAGCAACAUCAGACAAGCCUCACGUCCAAAAGGCAGAAUCAAGUAGACUAUAUCGGUAGAGAGACACCCAGCCAUAAGGCCCCUAUGACCACACCAGGAGCAGACAGUCAUUUUAGCUAUGGGCAGUCUUCUUCUACACAUCUGAAAAGAGACUCUGUCACUAGGGCAACAACUCCCUCCUCGCCCAAGUCAGAGAAGAGUACAUACAGUGCAAAGAAGAGACCUCUUUACAAACAUAAUACUUAUCAUUCAGGAGGGAAAUACUUUUAGGUGAUUAUAUGCCUAUGUAGUAAGUUGCAGACCUACAGUCAAAUACAUACAGUACCAGUCAAACAUUUGGACACAGCUACUCAUUCCAGAGUUGUUCUUUAUUUUUACUAUAUUUAUAGAAAAUAGUACAAAUAAAUAAAAAACUGGAAUGAGUAGGUGUCCAAACUUUUGACUGGUACUGUAUGUCAAUAGAUUUCAAAGCUGUGCUUGAUGUAGGUUAGUUUGAUUUAGGUUAGUUUUCCCAAAAUAAUGGACACAAAGGAAUUGACCCAAACUAAAUCAAGUUCACCUCAAGUACUUUGAAAACAUUAUUUGAUAUUGUGUUUUUGACCUGGGCCUGGAAAACAGAUCUGAAAUAAGUUGCCAAUGGAAAGCAGAUAUUGAAUAUGAGGACCUAACUGACAUUAUGUAAAUAUAAUUUUCUUCACUUAUAACACAAUAGGUAAUUUUUCAUGUUUAAAAAAAAGUGAUUUAUUUUUGUACUUUAUUUAGCUUUGAGACUAGUUCAUAAUUAUUGUGCUGUCCAUAUUCUAUACCUAUGCAUAGUUAUUUGCACUUUAUAAUAAUUUAUAUUUACACUGUAUAGGCUACCAUUCAUAUUAGUCUGUCCACCACUUUGGUAGUGUCAUUACCACAUGCACCAUCAAAAUGAAUGAGUCCUGCAGUUUGUGAACUGCAGUUUGUCAGAGGGAAUAAAUAAUUAAUCAAUCAACCAGUAGAUAAUGACAGGAAGAAAACAUACAUGCUUGUUUUUAUAUUCCUGUGUCUUGGGCUAUUUAGAUAAAUAAACAAACAAACCUGUCUGGAAUUGCCGAGAAGAGCUGUUAAGCUACAUUCUCAAAUUAAGAGGACAAAUUAAUGCAUGGCACACACACACCCUCCUAUUGUUUAGAUUAAAUAAGCACACAGGAGGACACAAUUUGUAAAUCCUUGCACUGAUGCAGUUUGCAGCUGUUACUUUCAUAAGACAAAUAUAAAUAAAAACAAAUCUAAGCCAUCUAAUAUUUUUACUCUUUACUCUACUGAAUGCUCCUCUACCUUUGUGUUAAAUGUUUUACCUAACUUCUCAGUUGUAUUACCUUCGGUAAAUAAAAGUGUGCAGAGUUUGCAAAAGUGCAAAUGCUUAGUAAAUCUGACUGUCUGGUGCUCUGUUGAAUUCAGUUCUACAGUCACUUGGUGGCCUCGAGGGUCAGCCCAUCUGAGAAGUUAAUUCCUUUCCCAUCAUCCCUCAACAAAACCCAGCAACAUUUUAGAGUCUGGCCCACACAAAGCAAAAUCCAGAUGUUCCCCUCUCCCCAUCACCCUGGAGUCGGGACUGGCCCCAAUCUGGUAACAGGUUUAUUAGGUAGUACAGUACUUACCUUCUCCUCUGCAACCCCCUUGUUACCUAAUGCUACCAGUUUCUGGAUAAACCUUAGCUACUACUCUCUGCUCCUUCAAUUAUUAAGUUGACUGUGUUAAUGAAGAUAAACCAUUGAGGUGGCUGUGAGUCACAGGCCAUGAGAGUUUAACUAUUUACAAUUGGCUACACAGUCUAAAUAAAGUUAUUGAUGAAUAAUACACACUUGACAAAUCAAAGCAUAGUCAUGGAGUAGUCAUCAUGGCUGAUACCCAUAAGGACCACAUAACCAAAUGCAAAGCAGGUUAGAUUUAUACAUUGAAACUUCCUCUGGUUUAUAGAAAUGGCAAAUUGAAUCACACUGGUCUCCUCUUCUAACACAAGCAUCUGGUCAUCUAAUCUACUUCCUUCAUGAUGAGGUAAGUGGUCACAUAGAUAAAAACAUCCAUAUGGGUGAUUCCUCACAAAAUUAGAACAAAAAGAAGAUUAUGAUUUUGGGGAUUUUCAUGAAAUGUAGUCUAUAUAAGGUUCCUUUGGUGGAAGGUUUGUUGACAUAUUAGACAUUUGCAUCUUAAAGCAUAAUUGAGAAAUCAUUCAUUGAAGCUGGAAUGUGACAUUUACCCAGGCCUCCUUAAUGGUUCAUCUGUAGGUGCUACAAAGCAGAAACUGUCAUAUGACACCACUUGCUCUGCAAUAUGAGUAGUAUUUUGAUUACAAAACCAAUUUUCUUUCAUUCAUUUAUGAAUAUUUAAAAUAUACAAUUUUUGAUUUGGCUAAUGUUUCAAUAUAUUGUUGAUCAUAACAUACUCUACGAGCACAAAAUUCCCAGAAUGGGAUCUCUGCUACUUUGGAGUUAUAAUCCAAUAUGUAAGCAUUAUCAACAGAGUGAAUGUGAAAACAGUUGCCCUCUGCUGCCGAUUUUCAGGAUGUGCAAUGAUACAAAUAAAGGAGCAUGCUAUGCCAAUUUAUCUGAAUAAAAUGGGCCAUAACUUUAAAUCUAGGAGACAUCCCACUCUGGAACUUUGAUAUGUCCGUAUUGUAUAUUAUGUUCAUCACUAUAUAAAAACAUUUGACUAA